AUGCUCCUGCUGAUGCUCCUCGCCUACGCUUUCAUUUGGUUUUUGCUCACGUCGUUCACCAACUCAAUAGACAAGGAGGCGCCUUUGAGAUGGUUCCCGGAUACAAAUAUAGCCAGGAUAAGCUUACCAGCAGAGCGGGUGCACAACAAACCUAACGACUACCUCAUAAACCCAACAAAUGUGUGCCCGACAGAGGCACCUGUCGACUACCUUUUCCUGGUCUUGUCGGCACCGGAAUAUGUAGACACACGCAACGUCAUACGACACACGUGGGCCAAAGACGUGAGAAGGUCCUCCGGUAACAGGGUGCUGUUCCUCUUCGGCAAGCCCAGCACCGCCAAACUGCAGAGCGCCCUCGAGUUGGAGUCGUUAAGGUACAGAGAUAUCGUGCAAGAGGACUUCUCGGACACAUACCGAAACUUGUCCCUCAAGUCGGUCAUGCUCCUUCGCUGGGCAUACCUCCAUUGUCCGCAGGCCCGAUUCGUGGUGAAGAUCGAUGACGACUGCUUCCCGAACGUGGCCAACUUUUACCGAGCCAUGCACGGGCAGCCAGAGGACGUCAUCUACGGCGAACUGUUACAUAAACACAUCCCUUCACGGGACCCACUGGACAAGUGGUACGUCCCUUACGAAGAGUUGCCGGCUGACGUGUUUCCCGACUACAUACACGGCGCCAUGUACGUUAUCGGUGGCCGCGUGGUGGAUCUGCUGUACAGAGCUACAGGACAUGUGCAACCCGUAAGCAUGGAAGACGUCUACAUUACCGGAAUGUGUGCGGAGCGCGCCGGCAUCGACAGAACGCGCCUCGCCGGAGCGAGCAACAACAAGCUGUCGACACUGUGUGAAUACAAGAGGGCCAUCUACGGCCAUCACGUGACCGCUGAGGAAAUGAGCAAAGUGUGGUACGCCAUGAAGCGGCUAGAGUACAAGUGCCACCGUCUCUUCUUUACCUUUCACGUGUGCUACUGCCAUGCUGUGGACAGCGAGGCCCAGCCAAGGUUCAUUGAGGCACCAGUUCUUUGA